AAUAUUGAUCACAAGUCUUGUUUGUUAAGUCAAUAUUAUUAAAGUGGUGUGUCUGAAUUCUCCAGUAUUUAUUUUUACUAAUGCAUUGCUUACGUCUCGCAUCAUGACAGUAGUUUUGUUGAUUGACAACAAACUACCAUGCUUCCACUGUUUCAAAUAAUCACUAGCUCCCCGGCCAAAGAAAUGCCAACAAACGAUGUUCCUGCCAAAUCUAGGAGAAAGAAAGUCGACGUUCCUGUUCACAAAAUUUAUCAAUCUCAUAAGGAAGGACGUAAAAAAUCUUUUUCUGCGAAUUUUAAUGCCCACAAAGAUAAACAUAGGAAUAAGGAAACGGAAAUCGUCGAUCAUCAGCCAAUUCAUACUGAAGUAAUUGUAGAGAUACCGGAUUCGGACAGAUCCGCGAAAGUUAGCAAAAAGCAGCUGGCCAAAGAAAAUCUUAAAUUAACUAAUGAGAACAAAGAACUAAUAGUAAAAUUUAACGAAUUAGAGGAUCUUUCCGUCAAAAAAAUUACAAAGUUGAGGGAAAAAAUCGGUUCGCUCCAACUAACUAAUGCGGAAAUUGAAAAGGAAAAUAAAUACCUGAAUGAACAAUAUCAGGAUCUGCUUUACAACUAUGAAAGUGCACAGAAACAGUUGGAAAGCAGUAGGGUUUGCAAAAAUUGUGAAGAAUUGAGUAUUGUCAUUGAUAAAUACAGUGCAGAAAAUACUCUUCUGAAAAAUAGUAGUAAGGAAUUGGCCGAAGAUUUAGACAUGCUGAAAACUGUUGUUUACAGAUUGAAUGUUCAACUUGAACGAUAUCAAGAAACCUUAAGAAGAAGUAAUAUUAGGAUUACCAAGCAAUAUCCGGCGAUAACAGACGCCGUAGACAGCUUGGAAGUGGACGAGAACAUAAGCAAGAACAUUUUAUCCGAAGUACACAAGAAUCACAGGCACACUCCCAUUUCAUGGGGAAGCGUAAACGUUCACACCUUGGGACCACUUUUAGAUGCUUAUGAGGAUAGGCUUAAGGAAAAGGAGGAAAUAAUACAAGGCUACGAUAAUGAAUUGUCGAAUUUUACUGGUAAAUUGAAAGAGAUUAUGGAGGAAAAUGAAAUUUUACACUCUAAGUUGACCCUGGACGAGGGAUGCAGUUCAAAACUUAAAGUGGAAUUGGUCAACAUGAAGCAGGAACUUAAGUCUGCCAGGGAACAAAACGAUUUGUUGAUUAAAAAAUGUGCUAUGAAGCAAGAUAAGGUAGAAGAGAUUUUAAAAGUGUAUGAAGCUAAAGUUGAGCAGAUGAAUAGGGAUUUCGGUGUAUUACACGAAGAAUACGUGAAAUGCCGUACUGAAAACGCUGCUUUAAAAGAAAAGAGUAAAUCUUUAGUGGAUGCCCAAGAAGAUUUUCGUACUCAGAUGCAGAGUUAUAUUCCUAUAUCGGUGCAUAAUGCUAGCGUAAACGAAUGCAAGAAAUGGUACGAGGAAUUGAAACAACAAUAUGAAGCCGAAAAGCAAAAAUUGAAGAUAAAUAUUGAGUCGCAAGCAAAGUCCAUUAACGAACUCAAUGGCGAGGUUUCCAAUUUGCGCCACGUUAAAGAGGGAUUGGAAGCUAAAAUUUUACAGUUAGAAAAACAUAUCAAAAAAUGGGAAACCAAAUGCCUGGAGUUGGAACACGCCCUGAGUGAGAUCCAGCUAUCCCGCAGCGCCCUGCGCAAACAACUGCACAAGGUGAUGGGCUUCGCCAAAGACAUGGUGGCGGAACAGGAGACCCUCUUGAAGGCGCUGAAUCAGCGGCAUCUGGAGAACAAGGCCGUCAAGAGGAUCGGCUCCGACAUGGCGACCAAAAUGGAUUCGUUGAAGAACCAAUUGAAGGAUGUCCAAAAAAACGCUUGGCAAGAAUUUACCACAGUAGAGCAGAAAAUUCAGGAACAGACAGAUUUGAUAGAAACGAUGAAAGACGAACAUCAGAAAGAAAUUGAAAAACUACAAAAAAUCAUUCAAGAACAACAAGAAACGAACUUGUUGCUAAAGAGCGAUAAUCUUCCAAUUCCACAUUAUUUACUGUACAAAGAUAAAUAUAAAUAA